AUGUGCAAGAACUGGGUCAGCGCGUCCUUGAAGACCAGUCACAACGAAGGAUGGUUCGGAGCACUGGUUCAUGCACCUCUGAUGGAUAUCUUCUCCAGCAUCCAAGAUACCACCGUAAAGAUGACCGAUAUUAGGAGUCUGGGUGCCGACGUCCCGGGCAUCAACCACAAGCACGGUGCCAUCCUGCGCCACGACGUCUUGAAGCUGGACUUGAUGGUCAUGGAGGCAAAGCCCAAUAACGCUUCAUACGGUCGGGCGAUGGAUAUAAAGAAGCUGGAGACAGGAAUGGCGGCGAAUCUAUGCUCCGACAUAUACUUGCUCGAGGCCAGACUCUCUGCAGGUAUCAUUCUCAUGUACAAGAUUGGCCAGUUCACUCUCCCGGCGGUGGCCUCCAAGUGCCAUGAACUCAUAGGUGGUCUCGACAUGAUGAUCAAGAUAAAGCGCCGGAUCGAAAACCUGAUCGCUUUAAUGCAACAUGCCAAGGUCGGGUUGCGACCGUCGUCCUCGCCAGACUAUCUGCCAAUCGUCUGACCAUCGAGUCAGCUACAUAUAUGAUAUACAUAGCAAACAAGUCAGAAGAUGCAACAGUGCAUUUUUAUUUAUUGCGCCUUUCAAAUGAAAUUGUCGAGAUACGAUAUUCGAGGUGCCCUCUAAACAAGAUUGAUUCCACGCCAUCACGCUAUUCGAGCUCUCAGCUGCUUUUUUCUGCUGGGCAUGAUCUUGGAGCCGGUGUAUCAAAAUAUGGUAGUUACUAGUGAUUCUCACCGGUGAACGGUUAACCGCGGUGAACAAGUUCGCUAGUGAAUUCCACAUAUAGGUUCAAUCUUUCACUCGAC